UUUGGCAUCAGUGCAAUCGCAAGUACUCUAGAGUCUUCACAGCAGUCGGGCAAUAGCAAAAUCUAAACCGAAUCAAUAUGAAAUUCCUGUCGCUCGCCUUUCUGCUCGGCCUGCUCGCUCUGGCCAGUGCUAACCCACUCAGUCCUGACCAUGUCAUCAUCAACGGCGACUGCAAAGUGUGCAAUGUGCGUGCCUAAAGGCUCGACCUCAGGUCCUUGACGCAGGAGCAGCAGCAUGAACAACUCUAGCAGCGGCUGCCGCAGUCUUAGCCACAAUGGCAAUAGACAAAAAUAAUUUAGUUUCAAAUAUGUUCAAUAUUAUGCAUUUAAGUACAACUACAGCAGGAAUACCACAAUAUGUUAAA